AUGAAGCUUUUUUCUUCGAGUACACUUACUACGAAGGCGAUCGAUCCAUUUAUGAACGUUGCGAAGAAUUCCUGUAUCAAAAAAAAGCACAGGGAUAGACUAGAUGCAACGACAAGUACAGCUUGCAAAUGCUGUACGUUGUGUCUCUCGGGCCUUAUGAUUUCCCCAAUCGGCAAAGCAUGCUAUAGUCUUGCUCGAAGAUACAUUCCAUGCUUCCAGAAGGCAUCCCUAGGACCCAGGCCUGCUUCUCAAUCCAGUGAUCCUGCCGGAAGAGGUCCAGCGCGAGAUAGAGGGGAGAUUGGGAUCUCACCCGCUGUUCACGCUUCCACUUAUAAUCGGCUUCAGCUCUUGCUAGAUCAAUUUUUGGGCCGUCGACCUUCGCCUAUGCUAGAAAUCGAGUAUGAUGUCCGUGCCGGUGUGGGUGCUCUAUGA